CAAGAUUUUAUAAGAUACCAGGGCUAAUCCUUUCAUCCCUUCCAACUUUCCACCACACCGUCAUUUCCUAAGCCAUGUUCCUAAGACGUGUCGCCAACCUGUCGCCUGGUGGCCCCGUGUUUCGUCGAGCAGCCAGCACUCGUACUCCUCGUGGCCUUCAGAAUAUCAUCGAGAAACGACCCGACGACGUUGUGAUUACUUAUGCAAAGAGAACACCAAUAGGCAGGGCAUGGAAGGGCCAAUUCAAGGAUACCCCUGUAGACGAACUCUUGAACGCUCUUUUCAAAGCCGCCCUUGCAGAAAGCAGGUUGGAUCCUCGUAAGAUUGAUGAUAUAUGCGUCGGGACUUGCCAUCCUCCUUCGCCACUGUAUGUCUCGCGCGCAGCGGCGCUGGCCGCUGGGAUCCCUCCCGAGGUCCCCAUUUCCACCGUAAACCGACUAUGCUCGUCUGGCUUGAUGGCUAUUCGUAACAUUGCCCAUCACAUCCAAGCAGGCGAGGCACGUAUUGGCGUCGCUGCUGCUGCAGAGAGUAUGAGUCUCAACCCUCGUCCAACGCCAGAGGUUGUAGACCAUAUCUCAGCGCACCCAGAGGCCAAUGAUUGUAUUCAACCUAUGGGAUGGACCUCUGAACAGGUUGCCCAGGCUUACAACGUUCCAAGGGAAAAGCAGGACCAGUACGCGUUGAUUUCGCACACGAGAGCCAAUAAGUCAGUAGCAGCCGGCAUAUUUGCAGAGGAGAUCAUCCCCAUUGAAUUGAAAGGGAAGACGUACACAACGGAUGACACCAUCCGUCCCGGUGUUACAGCAGAGAAGCUUGCAGGCUUGAAGCCUGCAUUCCCGCAAUGGGAACCUAGCACAACGACCGCAGGAAAUGCGAGCGGGAUUGGUGACGGGGCUGGGUUGUGCAUCAUGACCACGAGAGAGAAUGCUGAACGCGAAGGUAUGCCCAUACUUGGGAAAUGGGUUGCCUCUUCUGUCGUCGGGGUUGCGCCGAGGUACAUGGGAAUUUCUCCGGUUGCAGCGAUCCCUAAAGUGCUGGAGAGAGUCGGACUGACCAAAGAUGAGGUCGACAUCUACGAGAUUAACGAGGCAUUCGCUUCGCAAUUCGUCCAUUGUGUCGAAGAGCUAGGCAUCUCGAUGGACAAAAUCAAUCCCAAUGGAGGAGCGAUUGCCAUUUCCCAUCCAGUUGGAAUGACUGGUAUUAGACAAGUAAUCACCGGAUUGGCCGAGUUGAAGAGACGGAAGGAGCGAGUCUUGUGCACAAGUAUGUGCGUUGGAAGUGGUAUGGGCGCAGCAGGUAUCUUUGUCAACGAAGUUAUCCAUUAGAAUACGACAUGCAUUU